UAGUGUGACUGUGUGAUCACGUUGUUGAUAGCCCAAGCACCAACUCACCUGUCUGCCUCCCUGUCUCUCCUGUUUUUCUUCUAUUCUUUUAUUCUUUGAGCACCCUGUACUCCCCCCUCCCUCUUCCCCUUAUAUUUCCCUCCCUCUCUUCUCCUCCUCCCUUCCAGAGAACCCUUCUUGACGUGCCACUUUUUCUCUCCCCGUAAGCACUGAAACACACAUUUCGUCGUGAUAAAUAAAUAUAAGGUUUAGUUUAAUCGAGUUGGGUUGGAUUAUUGUGCGUCAAAUUUAAAUUUUUGCGCAGGGAUUUACUGAAAAAGAAUGACAAUGAGCAACAAUAUUGCUGGGCAGUUUGGUGAUACCACACUGACCAAAGUGUUUGUUGGAGGGUUAGCAUGGGAGACACCAAAAGAUGUCAUGAGAGAACAUUUUGAAAAGUAUGGUGAGAUUUUGGAGGCUGUGAUUAUUUCUGAUAAAAUCACUGGUAGAUCCAAGGGCUAUGGAUUUGUUACGUUUAAGGAGGCUGAAUCGGCAAAGAAAGCUUGUGAGGAUGCUUCACCCAUCAUCAAUGGCCGCCGUGCCAACUGCAAUCUGGCUUCCCUUGGUGCACGCCGCCCUAGGUCUGCAACGCCGGCCCCUCCUCAACAAGGGCCUAACAUUAACGCUGGACCGAGGUCCACGCCAGCAGCGCCGGCAAAUCAUGUCCAGUGGUAUUAUCCGGCAGGGUCAGCUGCAGCAGCAUCGCCGUUUCAUCAUCAGCAUCACCAAGCCGUUCCCUUUUACGGGUAUUCUCCAGCUUACAUUGCCACCGAUAUCAGUGGCAAUCAUAAGCUAAACUACACAGGCGGGUCCUACAUGAAUGGGCAUUUCUCUCAGGUGUAUCCAGGGCAAGCUAUGGUGGGUGCCAAUACAUUGAUGCCAAUGUACCCUUUCUAUCACUUCCAUCAAUCACAAGCCAUGGGCCUACCUGCUGCCCACAUCUUCCCACCAACAACAGCGGGUCCCAUGACAACCGUCCCCACUAUCAUGUCCAAACCACCGUCAAUUGCUCCUCCUAGUGCAGGUACAUACUCUUCCAUGCAUGUUAGCUGUACACGAUGAUUUCAUAGCCUCUUGGGUUAGCUUCACAUGGUAACAUGAUCAGCCUUAGUCAAGGUGAACAAAAGAAUCAUCGUGCCACGUGCCUUUGUGAUUGAAUAGGGUGCGUUUACAACUGGCAUGUUAGAAACUCACGUGCCCAGAAGAUCAAAACGCCCUCAAAGUCAGUGGAUACUUUCCAAUCUAUGGUUGCUGCAUGCUAGUUGCUGUUUACAAUAACACAAAUUGCUUGUAGCGUAGAAUUUAUAAGUUUUGUUUGAUUCAUUGUCCCUCGCCACCUUGUGUUAAUCUCUUGAGUUACUUACCGGUUUGUCCUUUCAUUGAGAUAAACUCCUACUUAUAAUAAAUUACAGGUUAAUUUCUAUUUGAAGCCA